GAAGUCACGUUUCAGUCUUCUACUCAAUUUUGAAUUUGUGCUGUGACAUUCUGGCAGGAUACAUUGUGUUGUACGCGUCUAUUUAAAAUACAGUAAUGUAUAAUUUACCGGCAAAUUCUGGCCAUUCGCGCGGUCGUGGUCGCGGAAGUAAACGUAAUGAGGAGAUGAAUCGAGGACUGACCCCUCAGUUGGGGGGCCAAUCUGGUCAGUCUCCGGUACCGCAGCAAUCACGUCCCGUUGAGCCCGAGCCAAGUGGCAGCCAGGAGGGUGCCGAUGGAGGAGCCGGCGAUGCCCGAGGCUCGGUGCGUGGAAGACGUGUAAUUACCGAAGUGGUUCCAUCACGUCCGAGAGGAAUGACGACGAAAUUGGGUACUAGUGGCCGUAAGGUCAUUGUGACGACGAAUUAUUUUAGACUGCUCAAGCGACAAAACUGGACACUUUACCAAUAUUGUGUCGAUUUUUGUCCUGAGAUUGAUAACACGAGACUGCGUCGCGGCCUAUUAAGUGAGCACCGAGCGCUUCUAGGUGGCUAUAUUUUUGAUGGAUCCGCUUUGUUCUGCACCACCAAGUUCGAGGAGAGGCCUGGCAGCUCAUACGCCUUAGAGCUGCUGACAAAGAAUCGAGCGGGCGAAAAUAUACACAUUCGGAUUAAACUGGUUGCGACCGUUGAAGCAGUGGACAAUCAACAGUUUCAGGUCCUUAAUUUGAUAUUACGACGGGCCAUGGAGGGACUCAAGCUUCAACUUGUCUCUCGAAAUUUGUUUGAUCCAAAAGCAAAGAUUGUCUUGGAUAAAUUCAAUUUGGAAUUGUGGCCAGGUUAUCAGACCUCAAUACGUGGACACGAGUCGGACAUUCUCCUAUGUGCUGAUAUCACUCAUAAGGUGAUGAGAAAUGAUACUUUGUAUCAUGUCUUAUCUAAAGUCAUACGGGAAAGCGAUGACUUUCAGUCGGCAUUCAAGCGGGAGGUGAUCGGUAGCAUUGUAUUGACUGAUUACAACAAUCGCACUUAUCGCAUCGAUGAUGUUGAUUUCGCAGUGUCUCCACUGUCGACAUUCAAUAGCAAGAACGGCGACAUUUCCUUUGUGGAAUAUUAUAAGAAGCGAUAUAAUAUUGUAAUUCGGGACAUUAAACAACCGCUGCUCGUGUCCCGACCAACGGAGAAGAAUAUGCGUGGUGGCGAAAAUCAACUUAUUUUGUUGAUUCCAGAAUUGGCUCGCGCUACAGGAUUAACAGAUAAUAUGCGUGCUAACUUUCAAUUAAUGAAAGCCAUGAGCGAACAUACCAGGUUGGCGCCUGAUCGCCGCAUUGAUCGCUUGCGCGUUUUUCAUCAGCGCCUGCAGAAAUCGCCUGAGAGCAUGGAGGUCCUAAAGUCGUGGGAUAUUAAACUUGACUCGGAAUUGGUGGAGGUCACCGGUCGCGUUCUGCCACACGAGAAAAUUGUUUUUGGCAAUGAGAUACGCUACGUAUGCGAUUCUCACACUGACUGGACGAACGAGUUCCGCAAGAACUCCAUGUACAAGUGUGUGGACAUAAAGCGCUGGUACGUGAUAACACCACGGCGCAACGUACGCGAAGCCCAGGAGUUUGUCAAGCUUUGCAUACGGGUAGCGAACGGCAUGCGAAUGCACAUUGCCGAACCGAGAUACGAUGAAAUGCCAGAUGAGCGCAAUGGAAACUAUUCCCAAUCGAUCGAUAACGCAGUCUCUAAGGAUCCCCAAAUUAUAAUGCUGGUUUUGAGGUCACCAAAUGAGGAAAAAUAUAGUUGUAUCAAGAAACGAGCUUGUGUGGACCGUCCAGUGCCAUCGCAAGUGGUGACACUGCGCACAAUUGCGCCACGACCGGAUCGGGCAAGUGGCCUAAUGUCGAUCGCAACUAAAGUUGUGAUUCAGAUGAACGCCAAAAUAAUGGGGGCACCAUGGAUUAUUGAGCUACCGCUGCGUGGCCUAAUGACUGUUGGAUUUGAUGUUUGCCACUCGUCCAAGGAUAAAAACAAAUCGUAUGGCGCCCUUGUGGCUACAAUGGACAUGAAAUUAUCCACACGCUACUACUCGUCAGUCACAGAGCACUUGAAGGGCCAGGAGCUCUCAAAUCAAAUGUCAGUGAAAAUGACAUGUGCUCUGAAGGCAUAUCGAGAGCUUCAUGGCACAUUGCCCGAACGCAUUCUAUUCUUCCGCGAUGGCGUUAGCGAUGGCCAGCUCUUCCAGGUUGUGAAUACUGAGAUUAAGUUCCUCAAGGAGCAUCUCGAUCAAAUCUACAAGUCCGCUGGCAAAGAUGACGGAUGUCGGAUGGCAUUUAUUGUUGUCAGCAAGCGGAUCAACACACGUUACUUUGUCAAUAAGCGCAAUCCCGAACCGGGAACUGUUGUCGACGACAUCAUCACAUUGCCCGAGCGCUAUGAUUUCUUCCUCGUCUCCCAGUCCGUGCGACAGGGCACGGUUUCACCCACCAGCUACAAUGUUAUCCAAGACAACAUGGGCUUGAACGUUGACAAACUCCAAAUACUCUCCUACAAGAUGACCCACAUGUAUUACAAUUGGUCGGGCACCUGUCGCGUGCCAGCCGUGUGUCAAUAUGCCCACAAAUUGGCGUUCCUUGUGGCCGAGAGCAUACACCGAGCCCCUUCGGCUGGCCUCGAGAAUCAACUUUACUUUCUAUAAGUCCUUGCCUGAGUUGCAAAACAUUUAAAUUUAAUGUACAUUUAGAAGAAUGUACGACUAACUAAAUCAAAAAUAUUUGAUUUCUAUUCUAAGGCUGAUGAAGAUGGCUGACUCACAAACUGCAUAUUUCUACAAAUGUUAUUGCGUUUAUGUUUAUUAAUUUGAUUUGGUUUUUACUUUAAAUGCAGAAGUGUUGCUUGUGUAAUUUUCUUUUUUUAAUUUUUAAUUAUUACGAAAAUGGUCCAAUAAAGUGAACGAUUUUUAAUCAAAACUAUAUACAUGAA